CCGGCUCCUGAGCAGCUCUCUCUCUGUCUGUACCUGUGAAUGCGUGGCUGGAGGUGGGGAGGAUACUGUCCGAACUGAGACCACAGAUUAAAUGGAGGACCAAUCGUCUCAACAUUCACUCCAUAAUGCCUCCUGUUCCCUGUGUCCCUCAGCGGCAACGCUCUACUUCCUCCCCUCCAUCUACGCACUCCUCUUCCUCACCGCUCUGCCGGGGAACCUGCUGUCUUUGUGGGUGUUCCUGCGCUGCAUCCCUUCCAUCUCUCCCACACACAUUUACCUCUCCCACCUGAGCAUCUCUAACCUGCUGAUGGCCAUCAUGUUGCCCUUCCUGGCGGUGUACUUCGCCAUGGGCACGCACUGGUCCAUAAGGGACAUCCCAUGUCAGAUAGUCCUGCACGGCAUCACCCCUGUGCUCCACAUCAACAUCUACAUCAGCCUCCUGAUCCUCACCUGGGUGGCUCUCAGCCGGUUCGCCGUGCUCAUUCGGAACACCCACGCCUCCCGGCCGAGCGCCUGCAUCUCACUGCUGCCCCACAGCUUCUUCUCAAGCCUCAAGCGGGUCUCCUUCGCAAACGGGGUGUGCGCCAUUCUAUGGGUGGUGGCGGUGGGGGGCAUCGUUCCGGUGACUGUUUACUACUCUAUAAACGAAGCUACAAUAAGUGAGGAGGUGUGCUACAGCCCGGUGGUGGAAAUAGGAGGCAGCGUGUCUUCAACCACCAGCGUUUCCCUUGUAAUUCUGUUCUUCGUCCUCUACCUGCUGGUGCUGGUCUCGUACGUGACCGUCCUGAGGCACAUCAAACGCUCGCGCCGCAACGCAAACAUCACCAGCUCACAGAGCCUCCUGGCGCGGGUUUCCAGGAACAUUGUGGUCAUCCAGGUUGUCCUGUCUUUGUGUCUGCUGCCUUAUCACAUCUUCAAACCCAUCUUCAUCAUUCUGGCUCAUUAUCAGUCUUCUUCGCUGGACUCCUCCUGUUCUGCCACCACCUGUCACCCCCUGAACGUCUUCAUCGAGCUAAAGAACUGCCUGUUCCUGCUCGCCGUUCUGAGGUCCUCCACUGACCCUGUGAUGUACUUCCUGUUGGACAGGACCUUUCGCCAGCAGGCCCUGAGCCUUCUAAGGAACAACAACUUUAACAAAGGCCAAAUAAUAUGGACGACUACAGAGAGUGCAAAUCAGAAGACAGAAAAAGUCGGGGAAGGAAAUGUGAUCUUAUCGAGUGUGGUGUUGGCUUGCGAAAGAAGUUAACUGAUCAAGUGCGACAAGUAAGAUGUGCCUUGACUGUGUUUUAGACAUAAUUUUUCCCCCAAAAUGCCUCAUAUGCCACAACAAUACCGCAGUGAUGCAACAGGUCCAACAUGGGACAGAAUGCAUGUGUGCUGGGCCUCCAGCCAUGAAGAAGAUGAGAAGAAGAAGAUGAAGAAGAGACUGAUAUAAGAACUAUGAAUCCCACAAUGCAUUGCAUUAACCUACUUUCCAUUUAGCAGGAAAAGGAGGAGUUUCACUGAGACAUCAUGACAUCAUGUUAACAGGCCAGUCGAUGAAAGACGUCGUCUUCUGUUUUAUUCCAUCAAAGGAACAAAACCCUGGCAACUGAGCUUCAGCCGCCAUUGUUUUCCCUUAGCUGGAGAAAUUAGUUAGGACGAAGCAACUUAAGUAUUGCCUCAUUGUGUAUUUCAUUGUGUUUUUGUAUUGUCGAUGCUUAAGAAUGUUCCAAACGGAGCUAGCAAACCGGAUGGAUGGCUCCGGUUUGCUAAGGUACUGAGAGUCCAGGAACAUGAGCUUGUCUGCUUUUUUUACUGGUAUUUUUUUCUUUCCUUUCCUAGCCUAGCCUAUAUGAAAUAUUUAGCUAUAGAGCAAGCUAAAUGUCAGUCUUCUGAAAUGCUAAAUGCUAGCUAGACUAAGGUAAUAGUUAAUGGAAAGCAGUAACCAAGACUAUCAGUUAUUCAAGCUAUUCAAACUUGAUUCCCCUGAGUGGUUUCAUCACUGAUAGUCCAGUAACAUGAGUUUGUCUACAUUACUGAUAUUUUUUAAUCUUUUUCUUUUUGCUAGCCUAUCUGAAAUAUCUCUGCAAUUAGCUAAAUGUCUGUUUGUGCCACGGUCAGCCUUGGCAAGCCGCAAGUGCUCAAAAACAAUUAUCGCUAUUAAUGGUGCUUAGACUUGAAAGAGAUAGCUAAAAAAAAAGAAGAAGAAGCAAUGCCUAAACUAGCUUCUAGUUGUCUGUUUAAUCAGCCAUCUUGUGAGAGGCAACAGGAUUUGGUGAGAUCUUGAUAUUUACUUUUUACUAGUUUAUUUGUUUUCAUUACUUUUUCAUCUUGUUACUAUAGCCUCAUGAAUUCUUUUUAUUAAAGUAUUUUAAGUGUAAGGUUGUAUUCUUUUUGUUAAACUCGUAUAUAGAAGCUGUCAAUUAUAAUUUCUGUGUGUAGAGCUUGCUGUUUGAAGAAUGCUGGGCUUGUACCUUCAUUGAUCUUUAUUUCAAUAUCUAAGCAGACAGAUAUUUAUAGACAGUAACUGAGAUUGAACAGUUAUUACAUCCCUGAUAAUCCGGUGGUGGCGGACUUGUUCAUUUUGAUCUAAUCUACUAAUUUUAUUAGCAUGCUAACUACCAACGGUUGAAUCAAAGUCUUUAUUGGAUUGAAAAAGAAAAACUCCUGUGCUUCUGAAUCCUCUCUGUCCCGACUCCAGUCGGACACAGCAGGACACAGGGCCUGGUUCUGGUUCUGCUGGACAAUUUGGAAAAAAUUUUUUAAAUUUUUUUUAUUUAUUUAUUUUUGCACUUUUAGCAGUUUGUGCCUCUUUAAAGGUACAUAGUACCACACAAACCCUGCAUCCUCCUUUCCUGUUUGAAGCUACAUCAGACAGGAAAACCUCAUCAAGCUUUAGAAGAUAAAGAUCAUGUUCAGUUCCACAGAACUGCAAAAACACAACAUCUUACCAAGUAAUUUUGGUUUAGUUUCUAGUAUGUUCUAGUUUUCAUGUGCUUGAAAUAAGGCAAAAACUAACAAGAAACUUUUCAGCAAGAUA